AAUCCCAUUUUCCACCACCCCAUCACAAACACAACUUCAUUCUAUGCAUUCAUCUCAUUCAUCUUUUUCCUUAUAAAUCCUCAUUACAAAUGGUAUCAAAGCUUCCUGACAUAUUUCCUUUGUCUUCUUCAACCUUUACUUCACUUUAAAGUCAUUCCAAAUUCAUACAAACCAAUCUCCUCCCAUUCAUUAAUCUUCUCUCUUUCUUUCAAUCUAUCUUUUCUCCUUUUCCUUAAUCUCAUGGCUCCUCCUCAUCUUCCCAAACCUAUCAACAUUGAACCCAAACCACUCUCAAACUUAUUACACAAAUCCUUAUUAAUCAUAAUCUUCAUUGCGCUUCUUCCUCUCUUCCCCUCCCAAGCUCCAGACUUCAUCAACCACUCUAUCUUCACUCGGUCUUGGGAGCUUCUUCACCUUCUCGUCGUUGGUAUUACCAUCUCCUACGGUCUCUUUAGUCGUCGAAACAACGAUCAUGAUCUUGAAAAAGAUAUUAUUUCUUCAUCCAAACCUGAUACUCCUACUUCAUACAUUUCCAAGCUUCUUCAUGUUGCAUCUGUUUUUGAUGAUGAUGAUGAUAAUAAGACCAAUAACAAUAAUAGUUCCAGUGUUUCUGAUGAAACUUAUUCUAAAGUUCAAGCUUGGAGUUCACAGUAUUCUCAAGCUGAGCCUGUUGUUAUGAAGAGAUCAGCUACUAGUGAAUCAUUGAAGGAAAGUGUUGUUCUUCCUUCUCCUAUCCCUUGGAGAUCUAGAUCAGGGAGGAUGGCUGUAUCCUUGGAAUUAAAAGAUAAAGAGAAGGAGAAAGAGAAGGAGAAGGAGAUCAGUGCUAAGGUUAGUCAAGAUACUCAAUUUCUGAAAAAGAAGAAGAGUUCUUUAUCUGUAACUCCACCUCCACCACCUCCUCCACCUCCUCCACCACCUCCACCUCCAACUUCAGUUACACGUGUUGGGAAGUCAGUGAGGACAUUUAGAUCAUUGAACAGUGUUGAUUUUGAUGAGCAUGUGAUGGAGAAGAAGGAAGUGGUGGAGAAGGUGAUAGUGGAGUCUUCUGAUGAUGAUGAUGAUGAGGAGGAGGAGGAGGAGGAGGAGGAUGAUGUUCAUGUUCAUGAAAAGAUUGAAGAAAUAGAAGAAGAAAAAAGUCUGAAAAGUGGAGUGGAAGUGGAGGAAGAAGAAGUGGAGGAUGAUGAACAUGAAGUGGAUAAGAAAGCUGAUGAGUUUAUUGCUAAGUUUAGAGAGCAAAUUAGACUUCAGAGGAUUGAGUCUAUUAAGAAGUCAAGUGGACAACGGAGUGCUAAAAGUCCUUAGAAUUAUUAUCAUAUAUAUACUUGGUUCUUUUUUUUUUAAAAUGGAUGGAGAUGAAUGAAGAGUACUGUUUUAGAGUUUUAAAAUUUAAUUUAUGUUGUUCUUCAUUCUUUCUUCAUGAGGAUUAUUGUUGUUGUCCAGACUUUUUAUGUUUCUGCUGUAUUUGAAGUUUGAACAUAUUUAUGAACUUGACAAGAACUUCAAUA